GCCCAUCUAAAUCAAGUCAAUCAGAAAUCACGAUCUUAAACGUUUUAUGCUUGGUUGACAUUUAAUAAUUUGCAGCAUCUUUUAAACAAUUUAUGAUUUCCCUGUACAUAUGUAAGUAAAUGCCUGAUGAGGAAUUGGAUGUUUGUUAUACCAGUAAACAUGUUUUACAAUGAUAUAAAAAGACAUAUUUAACAGAAGUACUUGAAAACUAUUUAGAUAAGCAAGGAAGGAGGACGAAAAUAAAUUUUUACCGACUUAUUUUUGAGAGCUCUCUAAUUGAAGCAAAUAAAAAGGUUAAAAAGGUAUAUAGAAAUAAAAUUGCUAAUUAACAUAAUAUACUUAUCAAAAUACACACCACUGUACAGAUUGAGAUUGUUAUUUAAAGUCAUGAGGUCCAUAGCGUUACAAAAUGAAUACACAGCUCUUUUUCUUCCUCUCCCGCUAUGGCUACCAAGUUUUUGGCAUGUUUUCUACUCCAGUAUGGAGGAUGUGUCUGUUAUGAGAACUUAUGCAGAAAACCAGGUAUAAUUGCAUCAACAAGCUCAGACAGAGGAGCUCUACCUGCAACAAAAGCUGUUGAUGGGAAUUACAAUCAGACAUCAUAUUUAGAGUGUUCACAAACGGCGCCAUACAAAUCAAUAGCGUGGUUUCAGGUUGACCUGAGCAGGCCCUAUAGAGUAAACUCUGUGACAAUAUAUUACAGAAAUGAAAGAAACUGGAAACCUUACCGGUUUCGUCAAUUUUACCUGGAUGUAUCAAACACAUCAGCCGCUCUCUCCACCACAUCUACACCACAGAGGGUUCGAUGCUACACAGACAACACUACAUACCCAGCCACGCCCCUUUCUGUGAUUGACAUUCCUUGUAAACAGACAGCACGAUACGUCAUCAUAGAAACCACAUAUAAUGCACCUGAAAAUGAGGGCGAGAUCGAGACUGGGCCUAUGCUAGAAAUCUGUGAAAUAGAUAUUUAUGGAUGUCAUACAGAAUGUUUCGGGAACACUUGCUAUACAAAUGGUGAAUGUGACACAUGUGGAGGAGGACACUGGGGAAAUACCUGUCAGUACAAUUGCUCCUCUACAUGUAAUAGCGGGGCUUGUGACAAAUAUAGCGGAGUUUGUAAUCGUGGGUGUGAGCCUGGAUUCUGGGGAGUUAACUGUACUGAGAGAUGUAGCGUUCACUGUUUGAAUGAGAUUUGUGAUUAUGACAAUGGGAACUGCAUUAGAGGAUGCAAAACCUACUUUACUGGAGCUAUGUGCCAGAGUAAGAAAAGUAUAUUAUAACAAUACAAAUAAAGAAGUGCUUGGGAAUUUUGAUUACAAACAGUGUUUAAAUUUAACUUUAUCAUUAUAUUUUGUACUUUUGCAACGGAUAAGGUAAAAUGUUUAAUUUCGAUAAACAUUAAUCAUACU